AUGUGUUUUUUCAGUAGUUUUCUUUUGUACCCAUUGCCUGAUUUUAUGAAAGUCAGCAACCAUUAGCCUUAGCAAAAAUAUAAACAAUGCAUUACAAUUGUAACAUCUAAACGUUAGACAGGUUCUAGGCCAAAUAGAGGGAAACCGUAUAGAGGCAGAUAUGAAGAACAAGCAGCGUUUAAAGCUUAGAGGAUUAGGUUUGCUUGUUUGACACAAAUAACACAUUAACAAGAGUACACCAAAAUGACUUAUUUGAUCAGUUACUUUCACUGGAUAUACAACAGUGGUUUCAGAGAUUCAAGUUCACAAGAUGCCCAAAAACAGAGAGAAACAAUACUGUACUUCUGAUGGUAGCAAAUAACAGUUAACUUAAUUUACGUAAAUUGAUAUUUUAGAAAUACAAAUGACUACUUAAAGACAGUCACCUUUAUUGGAGGGUGCUGCCAAUAAACUGCCUGGACCUCAAACCAGCAAAGCCUCUUCCAACAAAUGAGCUGAAAACAAAAGGAUGACAUUGCAGUGGCUUUCCAUAAGGAACAUCUUAAAAAUGUGUUACACAUGAAUAAACUCACUGAUGGUCAAACUCAACACACCAUUUCGAACUAUCAACCACACCCUUAACAUUUAUUCAAGACCGCAUGUGGAGAAGGUGAAAAGCUUAAAGUUCCUCGGCGUACACAUCACUAACAAUCUGAAAUGGGUAAAGAAGAUGCAACAGCACCUCUUCAACCUCAGGAUAUGCUGAACAAAUUUGGCUUGGCCCCUAAGAAUCUCACAAAUUUUUACAGAUGCACAAUUGACAGCAUCCUGUCGCGCUGUAUCUCCACCUGGUACGGCAACUGCACCACCUGCAACCGCAGGGCUCUCUAGAGCGUGAUGCGGUCUGCCCAAUGUAUUAUCGGGGGAAAACUUCCUGCCCUCAUUUUGACAGCUACAUUUUUGAGAUUUAAUUUUAAACUUUUUAAACAAAAGCUCUUUCUCUGAGAAAUUGUAUUAGUAUAAUAUAAUUUCCCCCUUUUUUUUGCAUACAAUAUAGCUCAGAAUUUGUAUUAUUUAUUUAGUCUUUUUUGCUCAUCUUUAUCAAGGGUGUCAAUAAUUUGAGGUGACUGCAUAUAACUAAGACAUUUUAGUUAUUUUGUUUUUAUUUAUUUGUAAACAUUUAUAUUUCUUUUCACUUUGACAUUAUGGAGUAUUUUGUGUAGAUCCGUGACAGCCAUUUAAUGUCCCACCUGAAAGGCGGCACCCUACACAUAGCAAUGUCCCCAAUCGUGCCCUGGGGCAUUGGGAAAAGGUGUUUUAGGCCAGAGGAAGGGGUGCCUCUUACUGGCCCUUCAGCACCACUUCCAGCAGCAUCUGGUCUCCCAAGUUCUAGAGUUUCAUCAGAACGUUGCAACAACAUUAAGCCUGAAUUCAAAAUGGAUUCAAUUGUCGUUGUUUUCACCCAUCUACAGAAAGUACCACAGGAAUGUCGUCUAGGGUACACCGUCGUUGGGUACGCCCUUUACUUCUACACCUACAGCACAUGGAAAGGGCGGUCAGUGUACAUGGAGGACCUCUAUGUAAUGCCUGACUUCAGAGGAAAAGGCAUCGGAACGGGACUGAUGGCCAAAGUAGCUCAGGUAGGGGUGGAGAAGCAGUGUGUGCGGCUGCAGUUUUCUGUCCUAGAAUGGAACAAACCAUCACUAGAUUUCUACAUUGCCAAAGGUGCCGAGGACCUGACUGCCAAAGAAGGUUGGCACUUCUUACGGUUUCAUGGACAAUCCCUGGACACAUUAGCUAAGGAAGCACCUAAAGAUUAGAUUUUAUAGGCCUGGGUCUAGUUUGGUUCCGCCCAUAACAUCACACAGUGGGCAGGUUCAUUUUGCGUUGGUAGGUGGGUAGGACUAAUGGAAACUCCGCUCAGCCGGAGCCCUGGGCGAUGCAAAACAAACUCUCCCAGUCAUCCUUUAUGUUUAAUGUGCAUUUAAAUAUAGUCAAACAUUAUUACAUUUUUAUACUUAAAAUUUAUUUUGAUUUGUUUAACACUUUUUUGGUUACUACAUAAUGUGUUAUUUCUUAGUUUUGAUGUCUUCACUAUUCUGCAAUGUAGAAAAUAGUCAAAAUAAAGAAAGAUCCUGUAA